CUUUCCAGAACCUCGGCCGGGAAGCGUCUCUCCGUCUCUCCGUCUCUUCGUCUCUCGACGGAAGGCGGAAUUUCAUGGAAGUGUAAAAGAAAGAGAAAAAUAAAGUCGACGGAACGAAGAGAUACACAACAUAUCAUAGAAAACGGAAGAUCUGUUGAUAAUUUGACUUGAAGAAAUAAAAAGAAAAAAUAGUGUUCUCAAUUCCAAAAAAGUAAAAUAAAAAGUGAAAACGAACGGAGAUUAAAGGAACAAUUGUCAAAAAAUAGAAAAAAAGAAAGAAAAACUGAAAAAAUAAGUAAAAAGAAACGAAAAAGAAAGAAAGAAAAGCGCAUCUAAUUAUCAGUGACGUGUAUUGUAUUUUGUUUGUUUAUUUACUUAUCUAUCUAUUAACUCACUCUUUUACUUUCCUCCUUUAUUGUCUUCUUACUCGUUGUCUUAUUCAUUCUUUGAUUUGUGUGCUUAGUCAGUCUGUUUGUUCAUCUUUUUACUUUUCAACUUUUUUGCUUCAAGAAUGUGAGUGACUUCGAUGCUUCGGUACUGGGCAGUGGAAGUAAAGAGAUGAAGACACAACAUCUGACAACUCCAUCUCACCUCUGCCUCUCCUUCUUCGCCUUCGCUGCCGUGUGUGGGCGUGCGGGCGUGGCAGGCAUGGCGGCGCGGCCUGGCGAGGAGGGCGUGGACACGGUGAAGGUGUUCGCCAUGCAGCUGGACAUGUGGGCGCCGCCGAAAGAUGAUGUCCUCAUACGCUACAACCUGACAGACCAUUUCAAGGAGGGUGACGUGUCAGAGUUCCCGGAGGUGACGGUGUGUCUGCGAGCGCGCCCCGUAGUUCUGAUGAGUUACGAGAGCCACAUCUCCAUCGCUACCUCAGACCAGGACAACGACGUGCUGCAUAUGUACCGGCGCGGGGAGCACCACGGCUUCUACUACAACGGCGUGCGUCAGUACGGCUUCCUCAACAUGACCAACGACAUCGGCCUGCAUGAAUGGAGCCACUACUGCCACAACUUCCACCACGGGGAGUACCGCGCCUACAUCCACGGCGAGCUGGCGGCGAGCGGCCCCUUCAGCGUGCCCCACAAGGUGCCCCUCCCCGUCAAGGGCAUCAUCACCAUCGGCCAGGAGCAGGACCUCCUGGCGGGGGGCUACGACACGGACCAGAGCUUCAGGGGCCACAUAGCGCAGGUCAACAUCUGGAACAGGUCGCUCACGCCGGAGGAGGUGCGGGUCCAGGCGGGCUGCGCUAAGUCCCCGAUUGGCAACAUCUUCUCUACGGACAGGGAGGCGGUGGAGCUGCUGGGCGGCGCCACGGUGGAACUGGUGGAGCACUCGUACUUCUGCCGCAAAGAUGUGGAGUACGUGAUCUUCCCCGAGGCGCGAUACAUGGCUGAGUCGCGCCUCACCUGCAAUAGGAUCGGCUAUGAGGUGUACACGCCCCUGAACCGCGCCGACAACAUCGUGCUGCACCAGGAGUCCCUGCGCUUUGCAGAGAACUGCCUAUCCAACUACCACCUUUGGAUCGGUGUCACGGACCAGGAGGAGGAGGACGUGUGGCGGAAGUUCACGGACAACUCGAUCGCGGAGACGCAGUUCGAGCUGAAUGAACCGAACGGCGGGACUGGCGAGAACUGCAUGCUAAUGUUUCUGCCCAACGGCCUGUGGGUGGACACCUCCUGCGUCAUCAAGUGGCCGGCCUGCGUGCCCUGCGAGGUGGACAGGACCUCACCGCUGCGCCUCCGGGGGUUCUGCUUCUCCAACGAGGCGGAGACGUUUUACGAGGUGCUGGGGUACCGCGGGGAGAAGCCCUACCUGCACGGCUACUACGGCUUCAUGGUGUACCGCAGCAGCAACUACACCUGGGAGAUGUUCGACACCACGGUGGGGGAGGUGGUGGGCAUCCUGGACGUGCCCUCCAAGGACUCCUACCCCAUAGGCCGCCACACGUGGACGCUGCGCCGUUCAAUGUGCAACUACCUGAUCGGGUCGCGCAUCCCUCUCAGCUUCUCGAUCUGCGACAACGACGAGUUCACCUGCGCCAACGGGGACUGCAUCCCCAAGGAGCGGCGCUGCAACGCCAAGGACGACUGCUCAGACCUGUCCGACGAGGAGGACUGUCAGUUCAUCGUCCUGCCGAAGGGCUACCGAUCAGAGCGCCCGCCGGAUAAUGAGACAGAAGGCCUGGCAAUUAACCUUGCGUCAGUCGUGAGAGUCCUUCGCUUCAUGGAGAUCUCAGACAUUCGCAGGGUCAUCAACGUGGAGUUUACAGUGGAGAUCACCUGGAAUGAACCGCGCCCCAAGUACUACAACCUCGGGGACACGCUGGAGUGGAACAAGCUCUCGGAGACGGACCGGGGCAAGCUGUGGACGGUGAAGCUGCAGUUCCCCAACGUGUACGACGGAAACAUCAAGCUGCUGUCUGAGGAGCUGUACCUCAACAAGAUUGCAGGACCCAUGCCGCCUGACUACAACAACGUGAGGAUGGAUACUGUGUACCACGGCAAGUCCGCCAUGAUGGUACAGCGGCUACAUUACAGCGGUAUCUUCGCCUGCACCUUCGACGUGUUCUAUUACCCGUUCGACAGCCAACACUGCUUCCUCCAACUGCAGCUCUCUGUCAGGCGCGAGCUGGUCAAGUUCUCUGAAGAUAGGGCCCAAGUGGAGUACCUGGAGGACCCCAAGCUGCCGGCCUACAUUCUAAAGGGCAUCUUUAUCACUGUGUUGGAGAGCGGCAGCAAUGAGACCAGAUAUUCAAUGCUUAAUGUGGAGUUCGUGUUGGCGAGGCGGUGGAAGAUGAUCGUGCUGACUGUGUACCUGCCCACGGCCAUGCUGCAGCUCGUAGGCUACACUACUCUCUUUGUCAACGUGGCCCUCAUGGACGUCCGCAUGGCCGUCAGUUUAACAACGCUUCUUGUGCUGUACACUCUCUUCAGCAACACCUCGGACGCCCUUCCCACGACAGCCUACGUGAAGCUCAUAGACGUGUGGUUCUUCUUUUGCAUCUUCCUGCUGUUCUUCAUCAUCGUUAUUCAUACGGUGGUGGAACAUAUGGUGAAUCUAUCGGAGAACAAGAACUUCACGCAGGUUCUCCCCUUCGACCCCAGACGCACCAUGGAGAAGUCAAUGCGUCCGUCCUCCCCAGAAGCCGAGCGCCUCCUGUUCGCCUGUAGGUACAUUCUGGUGCCGGGGAUCAUCUUCUUGUUCAAUAUCAUCUACUGGGGCCUGGUGUUCAGUGAGACUUUCUGAGCGUUUGACACUUUCACUGUACAAGCCCAGGGUCUAACCGCGGGAAAAUCAAAUACCUAAACGACUAAGAGAAAUAAAACUGGUGAAAUAUAAAAGAUCCCCCGACAAUACAAAUAUUUAAAUAAAUAAAUAGUUUAGUUUACCGGACCAGAAACUAAAGUAAAUAUAUAUGAAAAAAAAUAAUAAAAAAAAUAAAUAAAUAAAUACAUAAAUAACUGAUGAAAUAUGAAAAAACUCCCAUCAUAGAAAAAAAUACACAAAUGAGUAAAAUAAAAAUAAAACUGAUAGAAUAUACAAGAAUCCUUUCCCAUUUCCAUCCUUGCCUCUCAUAAAAAAUAAAUAAAUAAAUAAAUAAAUAAAAAUACGUACAAACCAAACAAAAGAGUAAGGUCAAAGUAGGUACGCACCGCAUCACCUGGCGGCAUCUCACCUUUAAUUAGCAGCUUAAAGGUAACGGGUCGGAGCUUUUUAUUCACCUGUUGUGUAAUAUAUGCCCAUAAACUGUAGGGCAGGUGUAUGUAGGGGGCACUUGAAUGAAUCUUGGUUAAUGUGUUACGACUUGUCACCUUCAUUUUUUUUUUUCCUUGCGUUUUAUCUUUCUUAUUUUUGUUUGUUUAUUUCAUUCGUUUAUGUGUUUAUAUUUACUUUUUACUUAUCUUUCUAUCUCUUUUAUUGUCUUGCUUUUGUUUUGUUCGUGCUUUUAUUAGUUUAUUUCUUUAUUUGUCUAUUUAGUGAUUUAUUAUUUUCUUAUUUAUAUAUCUGUCUAUCUAUCUAUACAUUUUCCUAUCUGUUUCUUUAUCUAUUCAGUUAUAAGGACUAGAGAGAUUACAUAAUAUGGGCUGUUUCAUUAUUAUUAUUAUUAUUUAACCUUCAAACGACUGAUGUAUUUGCUGGAAAGAUUAAGAAAAAAAGAAAUACAACGAAGAGUACAUAGUGUAAUAAUGAGGUAUAUUUUCUCUAUGUGUGUAUCUACUCGUCUAUUUAUCUACGUAAUAUAGCCUAGAUGAGUACAUUAUCUAUACGUAUGCUGAGUCGAAUACAACAAUUUCUAGUC